GUCCGUCGGCUCCCCCGCGGGCAGUCUCGCCCGGCUCCUCCUCCGGCUCGGCGCAUGCCCGGCGCCGGGGCUCUGCCUGGCUUUCGUGGGCAGCGCCCGCUCAGCCCAGCCCGGCCUCCCUCGCUGGGGUCAGGCAGAGGUGGCGGCCAGUGCCGCCGCGGCCACCCGCGCUCCGGUCGCGCCGCUCGGCUUCGCCAUGCCAGUGGGCGCCUCCCCGGCCGCCAAGUCCCGCUACAGCCUGGUGGACGACCGGCACGACCUGCGCCUGCCGCUGCACAACGACGACGCCUUCCAGCACGGCAUCAGCUUCGAGGCCAAGUAUAUUGGCAGCCUAGAUGUGCCCCGACCCAACAGCAGAGUGGAAAUCGUGACUGCUAUGCGGCGUAUCAGGUAUGAAUUCAAAGCCAAAAGCAUAAAGAAGAAAAAGGUGAACCUUAUGGUGUCUGUGGAUGGAGUGAAGGUAGUGCUGAAAAAGAAAAAGAAGAAGAAGAAAGAGUGGGAUUGGGACGAGACCAAGCUGCUGGUGAUGCAUGAUCCAAUCUACAGAAUAUUCUAUGUGUCCCAUGAUUCCCAGGACCUGAAGAUCUUCAGUUACAUUGCCAGGGAUGGAUCAAGCAAUAUCUUCCGCUGCAAUGUCUUUAAGUCCAAGAAGAAGAGUCAGGCUAUGCGCAUUGUCCGAACUGUGGGGCAAGCUUUUGAGGUCUGCCACAAGCUGAGCUUACAGCACACUCACCAAAAUGCUGACGGCCAGGAAGACAGCCAAAGCGAGAAGGGCAGCGAGGACUUGGGGGCACCAGCCAGCAGUAUGCCGGAAGCUCCACCCGUCAGCACGGCAGAGGAGACGGACAUUGAUGCUGUGGACGUUGGGCUGCCUGGGACUGAGCACUUGGAGUUCAACAGGGGAGUGACAGAUCUCGAUGCUGUUGGUAGAGAGUCACCCACCUUGCCCUGCAACAAGGGCUUACUUCAUUCAGAGAAUAUCCUGCUGGCUUCUCCCAAGAUGCUACUGCCUUCCUCCUCCCACUUACCCAAGCCAGGGGUCCCUCUGUCGACUCACCAUCAAAUGCAGCUUCUGCAGCAGCUCUUGCAGCAGCAGCAGCAGCAGGCCGAAGUUGCUGUGGCCCAGGUGCAUUUGCUGAAGGACCAGCUGGCGACAGAGGCAGCUGCCCGCCUUGAAGCCCAAGCCCGGGUGCACCAACUCCUGCUGCAGAAUAAGGACCUCCUCCAACAUAUUUCCCUUUUAGUGAAGCAGGUGCAGGAACUGGAGGCGAAGCUGUUGGGACCCCAGACCAUGGGCUCUCAAGACAGUUUGCUGGAAAUCACGUUCCGAUCAGGCGCCCAGCCCAUGCUGUGUGAUCCUACCACCCCUAUGCCUGUGGACACCCAUCUGCUUCAGCUGGACCACAGCUUCCCCGGCGCUGCCAACUCCCUGGGCAGCCCUUUAGGUAGGAGUGACUGCUUGGCCAAGCUGGAACGCUUCCACUUCCUCCCCAGCACCACACCUCCACUGGGCAGCUUGGAGUUCAUCAAGUUCCGUGAGUCAGGGAUCGCCUCUGAGUACGAGUCCAACACGGAUGAGAGCGAGGACUGGGAUUCGUGGGCCCAGGAGGAGCCACUCCGACUGCUCAAUGUCUUGCACAAGCAGGGGCUGGGAGACAGCCUGAAUGAUGAGAUUGCCGUGUAAGAGGCAGCAAAGACAGCUUAGGGUCUGCAGCAAGUGACAGCUGAGAAUCCCUGGGGUUUGGGUCUCCUUGUGAAAGGGCUUGAACCAGCCUGUGCUGGUUGCAGGUAGCCACAGAGCUGUGUGUUAUGCCUGGGGAUGGAUUUCCCCAGUGGGGAAGGAGAAGGUCCCUUUGGGGAGCACAGCUACAGUGACAAGGGCCCUUUCCUCCCUUUUCUUCGGCCUCCUGUUUGUAGCAGGUCUCAAUGUACCUGUUUUCCUAUCAAGUGAAAAUAGCCAUAGGCCAGGGGUCAGUGUAAGGGCUGUGUAUAUUUUGUGAGUCUGCCAUCACACUGAAUGCAGAAAUCGGUGUUCAGUUCAAAUCUAAGCAUCGUGAGUAUCUCAGCUAUUUGUUUUUAAAUGGACAGAAAUGCCAACCCUUAAGGCUGCUAAAAGGGUCUUGAAAGUCUGUGGAUAAUGGCUGAUGAGAUCUCAAAAGUGGGAGGUGGAAACAUGCAGAAGUUUCUUCUGCAUAAGGACAUGGAAUGCAUAGGGCCCCUCCCUUGAACUCACAGAAGCAGAAUGCAAAUGCAAAAUUAGUUUGAUAGGCGUAUGAUGUGUACAGGUCGCUAAAUUCUGCUUCUGUUGGUAGAGAAUUAGGUUGAGCUUGGC